AUCUAGAAGCGGGGGAUUCAGAAUCCACAGCAAAAUUGCAGAACAAUUUCGCAGAAAGCUUCCUCUAUUUUUUUAAUUCUCCAGGAAUUCAGGAGUAGGUUUCCAUGAAAAAUCCGCUCUUUUCGUUCAUGGAUAGGUAGUGUUUGUACCGGUGAUUGAUUCAAGAUGGGAGCAACACUAAUGGGCUAAUGUCAAUGUUCUGAGUUAUUAUUCGUCAUCAACUUGCAGAAACCGAAUCAGCGAUGGCUACGUCCAAGAAAGUGAUUACGAGGGUAGAGUGGGAGAAGAAGCUAAAUGGGAUCAUAAUUAGGAAAGAAGACAUGGAUAGACUGGUGAUGAAUUUUCUUGUGACAGAAGGCCAUGUAGAUGCUGCCGAGAAAUUCCAAAUGGAGUCUGGAACUAAGCCAGAAACAGAUAUUGCAACUAUCACGGAUCGAAUGGCCGUUAAAAAGGCAGUCCAAUCCGGAAAUGUCGAGGAUGCCAUUGAAAAGGUCAAUGAUUUAAAUCCUGAGAUAUUGGACACAAAUCCCGAAUUGUUUUUCCAUCUUCAACAACAAAGGUUGAUAGAACUAAUCCGACAAGGGAGGAUAGAAGAGGCCUUGGAGUUUGCUCAGGAAGAGCUUGCACCUCGUGGAGAAGAAAACCAAGCAUUUCUUGAAGAGUUGGAGAGAACUAUUGCCCUUCUUGUUUUUGAAGACGCCUCUACCUGCCCGGUCAAAGAGCUUCUCGACGUUUCACAGCGUCUUAAAACUGCAAGCGAAGUGAAUGCAGCCAUUCUCACUAGCCAGAGUCAUGAGAAAGAUCCAAAACUUCCAAGCUUGGUGAAGAUGCUGAUAUGGGCAGAAAAACUAUUGGAUGAAAAAGCACUGUAUCCACACAUAAAAAACUUGUCCACUGGUCAACUCCAAGGCCCGCCUGUUUGAUUUCACACUUCAGAAGGGAACACUCAAAAUAUCUCUUUAGGGUCAGAACAUUUAUUGGAUUGCUUUCCCCAUUCUUUCUUCUGCAUCUGAAUUUGUGGGAACCAUCAUUGUUUAGGGUAUAGGAGAUGAGAUGGGGGGGCAUAAGCUGUUGUAGAACAAUGAAUAACUCUUGAGAUAUUCUGAUUUUCAACACAUUUGCAUUGACAAUA